GCUACACAGAAUUCCUCACACGCUACACAAAAAAUAAAAACCGAGCCGUGUGUUUUUUGAAAAACACAGAGCCGAGAAAAAAAAAAAAAAAAAAUCAAAAAUGGCAGAUUUAGAAGCGUCGGAGGCGAUGCCUAAGGUAAUAAGCUUCCUCUCCUCUCUUCUUCAACGAGUGGCAGAGUCUAACGAUCUUAGGAGUCAAUUAUACCCGCAGAGGAUAUCUGUUUUUCAUGGCUUAACCAGGCCUAACAUAUCCAUUCAAACCUAUCUCGAGAGAAUCUUCAAAUAUGCCAAUUGUAGUCCGUCUUGCUUUGUGGUUGCUUAUGUGUAUCUCGAUCGCUUUGCCCAGAGACAGCCUUCUCUUCCUAUCAAUUCUUUCAAUGUUCAUAGACUGCUUAUUACCAGUGUCUUGGUUUCUGCCAAGUUCAUGGAUGAUAUAUAUUACAAUAAUGCCUACUAUGCUAAAGUUGGAGGGAUCAGCACAGCAGAAAUGAAUGUUCUUGAAGUGGAUUUCUUGUUUGGUUUAGGGUUUCAAUUAAACGUGGCACCCACUACUUUCCACACUUAUUGCUCUUACCUUCAAAGAGAAAUGUUGAUGCAAUCUCCUGUUCAAUUAGUAGAACCUCCUCUAAAUAUGACAAUUAGACCACUAAAAAUCCAUUGUUGUUUUAAUGAUGAUGAGUCCUCCCAUCAGAAGCAACUUGCUGUUUAGUUAAUUAUGCCUUUUUUAGGAUAAUUAGGAAAGAUGGAUUACUGAUUUCUGUGUAAGUAGAUUUUUCAGCAUUAGAUCUCUUGCUGGCUCUUGUAUUGAAUCUGAAUCUUGUGGAAUUUAGGGUAUUUUUUCCACUUGAAAUUCUGCUUUGACAUCUAGUCAAAGUUCUCCUUUUGGCUUUCCAUGAUUUCAGCCAAUGUUCUUUUUUAAA